UCUUUGUAUUAUAUGGUACAUAAGAAACAGGAUGAGAGGAAAUUAUGCAGGAAGAUAAAGAAUGUGAUCAAUUUCAAUUCAAAAUCCUCUGAAAUACUUUUCUAUAAUCCUUUGUUCUGCACUGUCUUUUUUAUUUUUAUGUUUAUUUUUGGUCAAAGCCGCAACAAAAUAACUGAUCGGUAAAGCUCUGUCGUUUCGGUUGGUCCUGUCGUGUGCCUGCGUGCGUGCGUGCGUGCAUUGCGAUUCAUCAGAAGUAAUGGAUGCUAAAGCUGCUCAGAGGUUACAAGUUUCGGGUUUGGUUCGACCCGAAAAGAUUGGGAGAAGACCCAGUUGUUACUUGGGUCUGUCUCGGGAACCGCAGAAGCUUCGGGUUUUUGUUUCGGUCAAGUUGCUCCAUGCAAGGCCUUCAACGAUUCGGCGCAGGAUAGCCCCUUUGGAGGUUGCUUGUUCUUAUGACAACAUUUCAGCUUCUAUAUUGGAAUCUGGAAGCUGUCAUGCUCCUGUUGAUGAAGAGUUGAUUCUGAAGAAUAGAUCACAAGAGAUCAAGCCAUAUUUAAAUGGACGCUGUAUAUAUCUUGUUGGAAUGAUGGGCUCUGGGAAGACAACUGUCGGGAAGAUUAUGUCGCAAGUGCUUGAUUAUUCAUUUUGUGAUAGUGAUGCAUUGGUGGAGGAAGAGGUUGGUGGCAGCUCUGUAGCUGAUAUAUUCAAGCACUAUGGAGAAGCUUUCUUUCGUGAUAAGGAGACUGAGGCAUUGCAUAAGCUGUCCCUGAUGCAUAGACUCGUUAUUUCUACUGGUGGAGGUGCUGUUACGAGGCCCAUCAAUUGGAAGUAUAUGCACAAGGGGGUCAGUGUUUGGUUGGACGUACCAGUGGAAGCCUUGGCACAGAGAAUUGCAGCUGUAGGAACUAAUUCUCGUCCCCUUUUACAUUAUGAAGCAGGGGAUGCAUUCACACGGACUUUCAUGCGUUUGUCUGCUCUUUUUGAAGAGAGAAGUGAAGCAUAUGCCAAUGCCAAUGCCAGGGUCUCAUUAGAAAAUAUAGCAGAAAAACUGGGCCUAAGAGAUGUGUCCGACUUGUCUCCAACUGAUAUUGCAAUUGAGGCGCUAGAACAAAUUCACAUCUUUUUGAAGGAUGAAGAUAGCUAUAAAGCUGGAUGCUAGUAGAAACUGUGGACAAAAUCACGUUUUGAUUGUUUUUAUUUUUCUCUUUAAUUUGCAAUUUGCAAUUAAGGUCAUGCUGUUGUGCAGUGUCUUUUUGACUGGAAAAAGAAAGAAGUAAUGCAACAUGGCACCUGUUUAUGCAUAAUUUGUAGUCGCAAUUUAGCAUAAUCUGGCAGCUAAUAGUAUAAGUUUUUUAAUUUAUACGUUUUGUUUAUUGUUGAUGUAUAUAAACUGGGAGACGAGGUGUUUAUUGUAAACUUGUGAUACGAGUUUGGUUGAGCAAUGUUAUGUAUGCCUUCCUCUAAGAGGUUUGUAUGUUGUAAAGUG